AUGAAUCCGCCAAUGAUAACUGCGCUUGCAGCUCUUAUAUUAUUAGAAUUAUUAAAAAACAAAGUAAACCGCAAUGUUUGGGUGGAACCAGUGUUAAGUAACCGUUUAACUUCGGGAAUAUUUCAUUCAAUGUUUAGUGCACACCGUGAUAACCCUCAUAAGUUUUUCUCUUACUAUAGAAUGUCUGUGAACUCAUUUGAUGAACUUCUAUCAAUUAUAAGCCAACGUAUUAAGAAACAGGAUACAAAUAUGCGGAGAUCCAUCACACCUGCGGAACGUUUGGCUGUAACUCUCAGAUAUUUGGCUUCGGGAGCAACUUUCACUGAUUUGGAGUACGAUUUUCAAAUUUCUCGAAAAACUAUACCAUUAAUUGUAAAAGAAACCUGUCAAGCUAUUUGUCAAGAAUCAGCACCUUUAGAGAUGCCAAAACCAAAUAAGGAAAAAUGGAUAAAUAUUGCUGAGAAAUUUUACAAAGAAGCGAACUUUCCUAAUUGCGUUGGCGCCAUGUCGAACAUUUUGACGCGGCACUAG